AUGGCCUCGAGCAAGAUGAAAGAAGUUAUAGGAGCAUUCAAGGAUCACACCAGCAUCAGCCUGGCCAAGGUCUCCACCGGCAGCAGCUCCCUCUCCGACCUCGAAGUGGCCAUUGUCAAAGCCACCCGCCAUGGCCAGAACCCCCCCAACCAGUGCUACGUGGCCGAGAUCCUCAGCCUCACGUGCUACUCUCGCUCCAUGGUCAACUCCUGCAUCGCCAUCAUUGCCCGCCGCCUCAACCGGACCAAGAACUGGGUGGUGGCCCUGAAGGCCCUCCUGCUCGUCCAGCGCCUCCUGUCUCAGGGAGGCACUGCCUUCGAGCAGGACAUCUUUUUCACCACCAGGCGCGGGACGCGCUUCCUCAACCUCUGCGAUUUCAGGGAUUCGUCAAGGAAGGCGUGGGACUACUCUGCAUUUGUCCGCACGUACGCCUUGUACUUGGACGAGCUCCUCGAGUUCAGGAUGCAGGGCCAUGCCGAGAGGGGCAGAGAUCGUAAGGUGGAGGAGGAGGAGGAGGAGGAUGACGGUGCCGUCAUUGUGAGGGCUACUCCCGUGUCUGAGAUGGACACCGAGGCUGUUUUCGCCCGAGCUGAUCAUCUCAUGCAGCUUCUUCAGAGGUUCUUAGCAUGCAGACCAAUAGGUGCUGCUAAGCAUAACAGAAUUGUGGUGGUGGCACUCUACCCCAUUCUGAAAGAAAGCUUCCAAAUCUACCAUUGCAUAACGGAAAUACUAGCGACGUUGAUAGAGCGUUUUAUGCAGCUGGACGUACCUGACAUGAUGCAAGUCCACGACAUCUUCUUGCACGUCUCCAAGCAGUAUGACGAGCUUGAUGGCUUCUACAGCUGGUGCAAGAAUGUCGGGAUCAUGCGUUUCCACGAGUAUCCCAACGUGGAGAAAAUCUCCCAGCCAAAACUCGACAUGAUGGACGACUUCAUCCACCACAAGUCAUCCACACUGCACAGCAGGAAGGCCAUCGAGCCACAGCAAGCAGCACUCGCCCUCGCAAAAGAAGCCUGGAUAGAGGAGCCUCAAAAGUUGCUCUCACCAAUCAAGGAAGAAACAGCAGAUGAUUUAAAGAUGACUCCUGCACCACAGCAAUAUAAGAAAACUCAAGUAGAAGGCGAUCUGCUGAACCUGUACGACGACACACCAACUCCUCAGGAUCUUGGGGAUCAACUGGCUUUAGCUCUGUUUGACGGCUAUCCCGCCACGACUCCUUCCACAAGCACAAGUUCGCCAUGGGAAGCCUUCAACGAACCAGAAUCAGGGGAUUGGGAGACGGCCUUAGUUCAGUCCGCUAGCCAUUUGUCAAACCAGAAGCCGUCUCUCCCUCAAGGCUUCGAUCCGUUGGUUUUUAAUAGCAUGUACCAAUAUGGGGGAAUGCAAGCUUCCUCGGGUUUCUAUGCCAACGGAAGUGCUAGCAGCGUGGCUGGGAGACCAGCCAUACUGGCAUUGCCGGCACCACAUUCACCAGCUAACUAUGGACCUAAUGCUUUCUCACCGAACGACCCCUUCGCAGCUUCUCUUGCCAUCGCACCACCUGCCUACGUACAAAUGUCGGAGAUGGAGCAGAAGCAGAUGCUAUUAGUACAAGAGCAGCUUCUGUGGCAGCAGUAUACAAGAGACGGGAUGCACGGACAAAUGGGAUUAGCGAAUUUGCAACAACAGAGCCCGUAUCAAUACAUUCCAAACGCGUACGCAGCAGCGCACUGAGAUUGUUUUGCGAGUGAAGGGACAGCCUUUGAGAUUAUGAAGAAAAAAACUGCACCAAGUGAUGUUUUUUGCGAGUAUCUAAUACAAGUUAGAUAAGAAUCACCACCAGCACAAAACUGCUUCAAGUUCAAGACACUGUUAAUAUUAACUUGUUUUUUUCCCGAAAAGGGAAACAAGACUGUGUUUUGAUGGUUUUUAGUUUUCAAUUUUAGCUUCUUUUGCAUAA